AUGAAAGAGUGGAAUUUGGUUUCCUGGAAUGCAAUGCUGAGUGCUUUCUUACACCACAACCUCACGGACGAGGCCAAGGUGGUGUUCGACGCGAUGCCGGAGAGGAACAUGAUCACCUGGAAUGCAAUCCUCUCUGCAUUUGCCCGAGACGGGGAUCUUGACGAGGCAAAGCUCGUGUUUGAUUCAAUGCCCGAAUGGGAUCUCUGCUCCUGGACGCCCAUGCUAGACGCGUAUGCGGAAGCCCAGCUUGUGCCGGAUGCUCGCGAUAUUUUCGACUGCAUGAAGGAGAGAAGCAUAGUUUCGUGGACCGCGAUGCUGUGUGCGUAUGCCCAAAACGGGCAUGUAGAGGAUGCACGGCAGGUGUUUGAUGCGAUGCCAGAGAGGGACGUGGUUUCCUACAAUGCAAUUCUCUCGGCGUACACACAGAGAGGGCAUAUGGACGAGGCGAGUCAAGUUUUCUUCGGCAUGGAGGAGCGCAGCAGCGUGUCGUGGAACUGCAUUGCUGGUGGCUAUGCCCAAGACGGGCAUAUUGACGCUGCCACUCGGGUGUUCCUCGCGAUGCCAGAACUGAGUGUCGUGUCGUGGACUGUGAUGCUCUGUGCUUACGCUCACACCGGCCAAUGGACCGACGCUCUGGAGCUCUUCAGCAGCAUGAAGAUGACCACCAUGCCCGACGACGUUGCCUUUGUGUGCGUGCUCUUGGCGUGCAACCACGCCGGGAGCGUCCGCUCGGGCUGCUCCCACUUCUUCUCCAUGGCUCCCGACUACAAUGUGGCACCCCGAAAGCAGCACUACUCGCUCAUGCUCGAUCUCUUGAGCCGCGGGGGGUACUUGGACGACGCCGGGGAGCUCGUCACAAACAUGCCGUUUGCACCGGAUGCGCAGGACUGGACGAGCUUGCUAGGGAGUGGUAAAACUGGCAAGGAGGAACACGGUGCUCGAGCAGCCCGAGGAGUUUUGGAGCUGGAUCCCCACAAAGAUGGAACUUAUGUGCUGCUGGCCAACUAUUUGCAGCACUAA